CGAUAAGAUAACGGGCCCGGAACCAUGCCGAACUUAGCAUUAUACGCUUUCAGGUAAUUUUCCAAGUUGGUCUCGUUAUGCCGAAGAUGACCUCCGUGUCAAUUCAAUCAAUUGAGAGUCUGGCCUUCUUCGGAAUAUAAUUAGUUUGUUCAAAUAUACUGAAUUGUUAGACGGUGCGAGAAUGUUAUCGUUCAAUUACGUAACGCUGCCGACAUACGUAGAAGAACCGGAACCGACUCCAGAAGAACACGAGAACGAAAAAGUUGUCGCUCUGAAAGAUUACGACGAUAUGGACCCAGAAGAAUAUAGCAUUAAGAGUAAACAAUUUGUUGAAAGAACUAAGAAGCCGUGUGCAAUAGUCGUGCUAUCGAAUAUGCAAAAUCCGAGCAUGCAGUCUCUUCUGCGCAAAUAUAGAUACGAUGCCAAUGGUGUGCUCAUCCCAAGCAGCGUGAAGUACUUCAUCAAGCUACCACAGGGUCUGCGGUCCUCACCACUCCUGGUGCCUCUGAACGAUAAAGCCUUUUCUCCACAGGGAGGAUUCGUCAGGUAUUACAAAGAAGUUCCACCAAUACCGCAUUCGUUUUAAACUUUUCCUUUAUUGUUUUAUAUUGAACCGGCGGAAAUGUAUUUAGCUGUGAAUAUAAGUUGAUUAAUUAUAUGAGCAAAAGUAGCCUUCCUUUUUUCACCCGAAUUAAAAUGAGCAAAUCACUUCACGGAAAGCCAAACGUAAAAGCUUUAUUCAUACGCCAAAAUUUUUCCUCGUGUUCCCGGAAAACGAGGCAUUUCCCAAACAGCUCCUCGUGAUUUUGACUAACAUGAAUUUAAGUAGUUUCUGUAGAAUUUCAUGUUCAUGAACAUACCGUUAAUUCUACUUAA